AUGGACGGAGAUGGAGACAUCUUGGGCAUGCGACGGCGGCCUGAACCAGCCCCACCGGCUGAACCAACAACAGCUGUAGCGGGUACUUCCGGCGCCGUUGCUGAUGCGGCGCCCGCAGCAGCAGCGGCAGCUGCAAGGCAUGCCGCCGGUGCUAGCCCGUUGAAAAGGCAGCGGUCUCUGGCAGCAGGGGCAGCGGCUAGAGCAGAAGGUCAGGUUGUCGAGGGCGUGGCCGGCGAGGUGCCCGUGGAUCAGCUCAACCCGGAACAGCUUCAGAGGUACAAGGCCUGGGUGCGGAGUCGGUUCGAGCGCGCCCCCAUCCGCGAACUCAUUCUGGACCAGGCGGCCCCUACCCUCGUGCGGAGCAUCGAGGGUGGGCAGGGUAGGGGAGUGGUGCAAGAGACGUCCACCAUCGCCGUGGCGUCGAUGGCCAAGCAGUUCGUCGGGGAUCUCGUAGAAGAAGGGGUGGUUGGAACGCCCCCGGGCAUGUGCACGUUAAAACGAGCUGUUCUUUUCUUCCAGAGAGUACAUACAAAUGAGAGAUGA